AUGGACUCGCUCCCCAGAGCCAACUACGACCCCCGGCGGGUCUGCCUGAACCCCUUCCCCGCCCUGAACCUCGGGAAGCACAGACGGGCCAUCGGAAUCUACCUCGCGGGCGGCCUGUUUGCGCUCGCGAAUUGGACGUUCCUCGAUGCGGCCAUCCUCUCCGCACACGCGCACCCGCCGUGGGACGAGCCACAGACCCCACCCCCGGUCCACGUCUCCUUCGUCGACUGGGUCCCGGGCAUCUGCUCGCUCCUGGGCAUGCUCGUCGUCAACCUCAUCGACAAGGACAGAGUACGCGGCGAGGAGGGCUUCGGCGAUGGCGGCGCGGUGUGGCGGGCGCGGCUCAUACUCUUCAUCGGUUUCGCGCUCAUGGCGGGCGGUCUUGCGGGUAGCGUCACUGUCCUCGUGCUCAAAUACGUCAUGCAAGACUACUUGGAACAGUACACCUACUACGGCUACGCCAACGUUUCACAAAACGUUGCGCUCAUGCUCUCGGCCAUCGUCCUUUGGAUUUCACAAAGCACCCAUAGCGAGUACGAGUACAGCCUUUCUAUUUAA